GCAUGGGCAUGCAUCAUCGUCGUCUUGCAUGGUCGGUCGCCUUCCCAUGGAAGGAAGCGUAGUAUAGCGUGCAUGCCAUCCAUUCUCUCACUCGGUUUGGUUGAUGGUCCAUCCCACAACCACCUGCGGCCUAGCCUACCAUCCAUCGACGACCUCUCGAUCAUCGCUGCGGCCAUCCAUCUCCCCGAUCGACGAUUGAGCAAAUUACACUCUGCAUCUGCAGGCCGGCGGUCCAUCGAUCCAUGAUCGCGGCCCUGCCUCUGGCUUGCUGCUGCAGGGAGAAAUCGAUCGUCGAUCCGACUUGUCUAAUCAAAUCAAAUUCAUCAUCGAUUGAUCGGUCAGUAGACGCGCGCGUGGGAGGAGGAAUUGAAGGCGGUGGUGGUCGCCGCGGCUGGAUCGUAAUCGUCCUGGUAUCCAUCGAUCUGCAGUGCAGGGAGGGGCGCCGCCGGUUUGUAAUCUUAUUAGAUCCAUGAAGCAGCUCAAGCCUCGGCGAGUGGGCGCCGGGGACGAGGAGGCGGCGGCGGGGGUGGUGGUGCCGCUGGCGCCGCGCAAGGACUACUGCUGCUGGUCGUGGUCGUGGUCGUGGUCGUGGUCGUGGUCGUCGUGGUGCCUUUUGAGGGCCUUCACGCUGCUGCUCGUCCUCCUCACGGGCGUGCUCAUCGGCUUCGGCGCCAGCGCCAACAUCUCCCGCUACUACUACUACACCUUGCUAACGGGCACGGGCGCGUCGUCGUCCAGCUCGCCGCCGUCGCUGAUCUCGAGCAACAGCCCGACGCCGCCGUCGACGCUGGCCAUGUCGUCGGAGCAGCACAUCAGCCAGCCGUUCAUGUCGUUCGUGCACCCGGGGUCGCCGGAGGGGCACUCGAUGACGGACGCGGAGCUCUUCUGGCGCGCCUCCAUGGUGCCGCGGGUGGAGGAGUACCCGUACCAGCGGGUGCCCAAGGUGGCGUUCCUGUUCCUCACGCGCGGGCCGCUGCCCUUCGCCCGGCUGUGGGAGCGCUUCUUCCGGGGGCACGAGGGGCUCUACUCGGUGUACGUGCACGCGCUGCCGGAGUACGUGCUCAACGUGUCGGCGACGUCGCCCUUCUACGGGCGGCAGAUCCCCAGCCGGGACGUGUCGUGGGGCUCCAUCACCCUCGUGGACGCCGAGAAGCGGCUGCUCGCCAACGCGCUCCUCGACCACUCCAACCAGCGGUUCGUGCUGGUGUCGGAGAGCUGCGUGCCGGUGUUCAACUUCCCGACGGUGUACGAGUACCUGAUAAACUCGGCGGCGAGCUACGUGGAGUCGUACAACAUCGACGUGCCGCAGUGCGCGGGGCGGUACAACCCGCGGAUGGCGCCGGACGUGACGGAGGAGCAGUGGAGGAAGGGGUCCGAGUGGUUCGAGCUCAGCCGGGAGCUGGCGGUGGACAUCGUCGCCGACCGCCGCUACUACCACGUCUUCCGCAAGCACUGCACCCCGUCCUGCUACCCCGACGAGCACUACAUCCCGACCUACCUCCACCUGGUGCACGGGCCCAGGAACGCCAACCGGACCAUCACAUGGGUCGACUGGUCACGCGGCGGCCCGCACCCGGCCCGCUACGGCAAGGCCUCCGUCACAAAGGAGUUCAUACAGGCCAUACGCAACAACGGCACACAGUGCCUCUACAACGGACGGCCCACAACCGUGUGCUACCUCUUCGCGCGCAAGUUCGCGCCCAGCGCGCUCGGCACGCUCAUCAACCUCACCACCACCCUACUCGACUUCUAAUCUCUAAAUUAAAUAGCCUCUUCUUCCAUUCUUCUUCUUCUUCUUCUUCUUCUUCUUCUUAGCUGAUUGAUUGAUUGAUUGAUUAUAUGGACCAUGCUUGCUAAUUAACUAGUUACUACAA